GGGAGAGCAGGAAAUGGCAAACUCCCAGUAUGAGGCAAAGCAUUCCCAUCGCAGCAAUUGGUCCACAGGAGCUAUAAAUUGGUCUCCUCCAGAAACAGAUCAAAAUUUGUCUUCUGGGAGAGUGGCUGGAAACUGAAGAAGCCAUGGAGAGGAACAGUGCUGCCUUUCCACCAACACCAGACCCCACGCACCACUUCCACGUAGCCCUGCUGGAUCAGAGACAGAGGCUGCGUGGCCAAAUUGCUCACCUUCACAAGGCAGCUCGUAAACUCAACAAGCUCCGCAAGAGGUCCCUGAUUGCCAAUGUCAGCGGGAGCACCCUGACCGCUGCAGGAGCAGUCACAGCCAUCCUGGGGCUGUCCCUGAGCCCGGCAACGCUGGGAGCCUCUCUCCUGGCCUCGGCUGUGGGCCUGGGCCUGGCCACAGCUGGAGGGGCCGUCAGCAUCACUUCCGACCUCUCCUUAGUGCUCUGCAAUUCCCGGGAGGUGAGGAAGGUGCAGGAAAUUGCAAUGACUUGUCGGAAGCAGAUGAGGGAAAUACUCGGCUGCCUGGAGUUCCUUCGCCGGGGGCAGGGCCCAGGCGACCCCACGCUGCGCCAGUCAGAGAAGAGGGCAUCCAUCUCACUCUACAACUCCGUCUGCUUCAUGGUCUUCUGUGGCUCCCACAGCUUCCUCGUGCCAGAAUACACAAAGGAGGUCACCAAAGUAAGCCAGGCUGUGCUGAAGGCCAAAAUCCAGAAGCUGGCUGACAACCUUGAGACCUGCACCAGGGCAAUGGAUGAGGUCUGUGAUCUUCUUGAGUCCAGAACAGAGCUUUCUCCCUGUACAAGGAGACUCAGCUUGGGUGCUAAAACUGCUGCCGAGAUCCUGAGACCAUCCUGAAACAGUGUUUGGCCCUUAUUAAAACUGGGUUUGGAGACAUUACAUUAUUAACUGUAACCAUUAGCACCGCUACCUGUUUAUUACAGUUCACGGUGUUGAUGCCAUGAGGUGGACGUUCUGCAACCCCCUGUUUCCCCAGCCAUCUCCACUGCUCUGCUUCCCCAAGGCAGCAAAAAGAAGUAGGUCAGGAGGCUGAUGAAAUACUUGAUGCUGACUGAACUUGGUUAGUAAACAGCUUAUGAAUCUGUGUGAGGUACAGAGGCUGGAGUACCCUAAAAAAGCCAGCAGCUGCCAAUUUCCAGUAGAGAAUCCCAUUACCAAGGUACAUCUGGAAAUGCUGUAGAAAGAAGCAGCUCCAGAUAUGACAGACUGUAUGGAUAGUUCACCAUCGCAGGGUGAAAGAGCAGGGCCAGAAUUUAUCCCUUAUGAAGAAACUUCUCCAGACUGAGAACUGUGAUGUUUGUAUUCUAUUUAUUUACAUAGAAUGAUUUUAAGGUUAUGAUAUUGUAUUUAAGAGUGUAUAUAUAUACAUAUAUACAUACAUACAUACAUAUAUAUGUGUGUGUGUGUGUAUUUUUUUUUUAAGGAGGCCUCUGUUCUAAAGGAAAGCUGUUGUUUUUUUAGAGUAAAAGCAAGUCUGAAGCACGUGAGAGCAAGUUACCUGUUAUUUUGCUGUGAGGGAGGGCAAAUCCCUGAAGGAAAAGGAAAGCACAACCUGAAUGCUGGCAGUUGUAAAAUAGGUGAAACACAGUCAAACAGUGACAAUAGAUCUUAGGAGCCAAAAGAGAGAGGAGAAGAAGAGUGACCCUGGGAUCAGAGUCUGCCUCAGGGCACUGGUGGAAGGAAGCAGUUGUAUCUCCUGCAGCAGGAAGGGAAGCGUAGGUUGGUGUUACUGGUCUAAGCCGGAGCCCCACUGUGAUGGGAGCACCCCUGGGAGGUGGAGGUGCCACUGUCCAUAUAGUCAAGCAGCCUAUGAGACCCACAGUGCAUCAUCUGUGAGGAGGGAGGCAGCACUCCUGGAAAGCUACACAUACUCCUAGCAGUGCUUCCCAGGGAAGGCUCCAUAUUAGUGAAACAUAUGCGGGUACUAAUACUCAGGAGGGGUAGAGAGGAGUAGGAUGAUUCAGUGGCAGAGCCCCUACACAGCAGGAGCAAGGACUGGGACCCUGUUUCAAGUGACUGUUCUGCUAAAUACACCCUCUUUGGUUUUGAGCCAUCAGUACCUCAGUUUCCUGUCUAAAAAUGGGAAUAGUAGCACUUCCCUACCUCACAAGGAUGUUUCUGGGAUCAUCCCACUGAGAAGUGCCCAAGCAUGGUGAUGAUGGGGAUCAUGUCUACCUGAAAGAGGUACAAGGAAGAGACCCUGAAACUAGCUUGAGGCGACUAGAAGAAUUAAUGCAGAGGUAACUCCCUCCACAAGCAUGCCCCAGUGGAUAAGGGAAACUUCCCUGUGCAGACACAAAUCCAAAUAAUUGGGGAAAUCUACUCUGAAAUUCUGUAACACUUACCAGACUCUUAGGGAGGGCAACACUCCAUUUCAUAAAGCUUGAACCCUUGUCCUUUUUGUCUUUUCUUUCCACGAUAUCAACAUUUGUGUUAAUAUGUUGUAGGAAGAAUAAAAGCUCUGGUUCCCCAGAGUGGGACUCAAAUGCUUUUGAUAUCCCUGCCUGUUUGACAGAAAUUAACAAGUACACUGCUGAUUCGAAUAAAUGAAUAUGAAGCA